AAGCAGGGCAAUGCUGUUCGAUUGGACAUUGUCUGAGUUGGGUGUUCCAGAUAAAGGUAAAGUUUGUGUACAAUGUACAAAUUGUGAGGCAAGCAUCAAAUGUGAAGACUGUUUUGCAUUUUUGUGUCACAUUUGUGACCAAAUGCAACAUUUUCUCAUGCCUUUCCACCACAGAUUAUAUUGGAAAAAUGGCUUUUAUGAGCCAUUAGACCCGACACAAACUGUGUGCCCUGAAGGAAAUAUCUUUCACUGGAAACCUGUUGUACCAGCCCAACCACCAAAUUCUUGCCCCAACUGCACAGAUUGCAAGUUUAAAAUUUCAAGCUCCAGCAAUCUCUGCAUCUUCAUCACUAUAAUGGGAAGGUAUGACCUCUAUACUCCAAUCUAUACAUGCCACUGUGGAUAUGAGCAUCAACAACUAGGCAAGACCAUGCACAAGUCUGGUUUCUAUUCAUCAUUAGGAAAGAGCAGCACAUUCUACAGCACCAGUCUGCUUGAAUCAUGGCACCAUAUCAAAAGAAAUUGUCCCGGAACAUCAUUUCGGGCAUUAGUCACUGCACUGGAAUCCUUUGGUGCUUCUCGUGGGCGUAUUGGACCCAUUAAUUAUAUAACUUCGAAGAGAGUGUUCUUCGAAUGGCGAUUCCAGCAAUAUGAGCUGAGAAAAAUUAGAGGAGAAGCUGACAAUGAGUGUCCUGCUUGUGAUAAACCCCUUUAGCAGUACAUAUUGAUGGCAACAAGAAGCUGUAUCGUUACAACAAAGUUGGGAGAGGUAUCAGAAACCCCUAUUAUUCUGAUAGUAUCUUCAGCAAAGAUGAAGAUGUUCAAGCUCAUGUUGGCACUAUUCAGAGCUUGAAAACUAAG